CCUACCUCUCUCUUCUAUAUAUACCCUCCAAAAGACACAAACCCUAACAACGCAAGCACACCAUGAAGUCACUCUUGAUCAUCAUCAACACUCUCCUCCCACUCACCCCUUACCUCACCACCUUCCUCCUCCUCCUCCUCUUCCUCGAACAACUCUCCUACCUCAAAAAGAAACGCACCGUUCCCGGCCCCUCCCUCGUCCUCCCAUUUCUUGGCAACGCAGUCUCCCUAGUCAGCAACCCAACCGGCUUCUGGGACCACCAAUCCUCCCUCGCCAUGUCAUCCGGCCUCUCCGCCAACUACAUCGUCGGCAACUUCAUCCUCUUCAUCCGCGACACCUCUCUCUCCCACAAAGUCUUCGCCAAUGUACGACCCGACGCCUUCACCCUCGUCGGCCACCCCUUCGGAAAGAAACUCUUCGGCAAGCACAAUCUCAUUUACAUGACCGGCCAGGAGCACAAAGACCUACGACGUCGUAUCGCCCCCAACUUCACUCCCAAAGCCCUCGCCACCUACACCGCGCUCCAGCAGAUUAUUAUCCUUGAACACCUCAAAAACUGGGUUAGCCUCACGUCUAGGACAAAGGACCCGAUCGCGCUCCGGUUCUUGGUCCGAGACAUGAAUCUGGAGACUUCCCAGACGGUUUUCGUUGGGCCGUACUUGGCCCCCGACGCCCGCGAGAGGUUGAAGUCGGAUUAUAACUUCUUCAACGUUGGACUCAUGAAGCUGCCCGUUGACCUGCCCGGGACCGCGUUCAGAAACGCCAGGCUGGCGGUGGCGCGCCUCGUCGAAACCCUCGCCGGCUGCGCCAAACAAAGCAAGGCGAAAAUGGAAGGAAAGCAACAAGAGCCGAUGUGUCUAAUCGAUUUCUGGAUGCAGGAGACGGUAAAGGAGCUCAGCGCCGGCGCGGCUGACAUUAGCGACGUCGAGGUCGGCGCUCACCUGUUCGACUUCCUCUUCGCUGCUCAGGACGCCUCCACGUCGUCGCUGCUGUGGGCGGUGGCGCUGCUCGAGUCGCACCCGGAGGUUCUGGCCAAGGUCCGGGAAGAGGUCGCCGGAGUUUGGGACCCGGAGUCGGACGAGCUGAUCACGGAGGACCAGCUGGCCCGGAUGAAGUACACGCACGCGGUGGCGCGUGAGGUGGUCAGGUACAGGGCUCCGGCCACCAUGGUCCCUCACAUUGCGGCGGUUGACUUUCCGUUGACCGAGACUUACACAGUCCCCAAGGGUACCAUUGUGUUUCCCUCCGCAUACGAGUCUUGCUUCCAGGGGUUCACGGAGCCGGAGCGGUUCGACCCGGACCGGUUCUCGGAGGAGAGGCAGGAGGACCGGGUGUACAGGAGGAACUACCUGGCGUUCGGGGCCGGGGCCCACCAGUGCAUAGGGCAGAGAUACGCUCUGAACCACCUGGUGCUCUUCAUCGCGAUGUUCGCCACGUUGCUGGAUUUCAAGAGGCACAGAACGGACGGCUGCGAUGACAUUUCGUUUGUUCCGACGAUCUGCCCCAAAGACGAUUGCAAGGUUUUCCUCUCGAUGCGGUGCCGGCGAUUCCCCGCUCUUUCUCUACAGUGAAGAAAGGUCGAAAAUGCCCUCGUGAUCAUUUUUUUUAUUUUUAUCUUCCCUAUUGUGUCGUUUUCGUGAACUGACGAGAGCGAGUUGUCGUUGUGUUUUUAUUUUUUUUACUUUUCAAAAGGUGCAUGAUUCUUUGGAAAAGUGUAGUGAUGGGUGUAAUUUGAUUUUCGGUGGACAGUUAAGGGAGAAUGAAAUAAAAAAAUGGGGUUGGAAUUGGAAUUAUAAACAAGAUAAUCCAUUGUAUUAGUGUGGGUUUUUUUUUUGUCUUAUUGUGGUUUUAUUUAGGCUAGGGU